ACAGCAGGAUUUAUUGUCUACAGCUCGUGUGUGAUGAUGCGUCUUUACAAACUGUCCUACACCCCAUUCACAACAAGAGCUGCUCUCCGUGCAGGACACCGAAAUGAGCACAAACACGUCACAAGAAGACGCGCGGCAUGUAUCAGACAGACGGAUGCAGGUGACUUUGAAGAGUUGACUGCGGGAGAGAGAGGAUCAUUGUAUAAUCACGAGCACACAAAGAGACUGCACGAGCGCUUCUUUUCAAACUAUGUCUGCUACCAGAUCGUUUAUUUUUAUUUUUACAUAAGUCUUAAUAUCUGUCGCAUGGACUUUAACGUUUAAUUUCAGGUUUUGUCGAAUUAUUGGACAUGACGAUAAAAACCACCCCGCCAAACUUUGAAGGUUGAGCAGAUAAGAGAUACUAGCAUUUACUCGCGUGCACACUCGUGUAAGCGUCGAUAUUUUGUGUGAUUUCAAAAAAUAAAUAAAUAAAUUAACAUCGGACUUUUUUAAGCAUUUUUGACGCAGCCGUUCAAAUGCUGGGAUGGAUUUGUGUUGUUUGUAUUGUGCUUUUAAUGGCCAUGCUGUGGCCACUGGUGAAGUGUUUUGGAGAUGGGAGUCACUCAACGUUGCACUUUCAGGGGCUUGAAAUUCCGCGCAAAAAAUCCACGGAGAGAUGCGAGUCAAACUGUGGCACGGGGCAAGACGAAUCACCCACGGUCGCCUUGAUAUGCAAACCCUCGACCUUGGCAAACUACCUCCUGAAACAUUGCAUGAGUUUCUGCAAGCAGUUACGGAUACCAACAUUGAACUGGCGAAUGAGUGCUUCUUUACAGACGAUUUUCGGCGCUGUCUGGCCCUAUGACUGUCCUGUCCAUUUUAUCCGAGAUCAUUUGCAAUUAAGUGAUGAUGGAUUGGUGGCGUUAGACUGGGCUGUUGUUGGUGCAGCACAUCACAAGAGACGCAGGACUUCCAGUAACUCCACAAGUCCCAUCCUGCUCAUUAUACCCAACUCUUUUGGAAAAAUCACCAGGAAUGUGUUAAAGCUCUGUGAGGCAGGUCUGGCUCACGGUUACCUCCCCGUGGUCUUUAACCGACGGAGCCAGAAUGGGACACCGCUUAGUACUGUUAAACUGCAGCAAUUCGGUAACCCGACCGACCUGCGGGAAGCGGUGCGAUACAUUCGCUAUCGACAACCAGCGGGUCAGAUCUAUGCUGUAAGUGAGAGCACCGGUUCAGGACUUCUGCUUUCUUACCUGGGAGAGUGCGGCUCAUCCAGUUACGUGACUGCUGCGGCUUGCCUGUCUCCGGUUUUUCGCUGCCAGAGCUGGUUUGAGAACGGCCCGACCUGGCCUUUCCACUGGGCUCUUCUGCUCUAUCAAAAAGUCUGCCUCAGCAGGUAUAAAACUGUUCUUGGGGAGCACAUCCACACAGACAACUUGUUUUCCAGCUGUUCCUUGAGGGCGAUGGAGGAAGCCCUGUUUUGUCAAUCUGGCUUAAAGGGGGCAUCAAUGGAUGGAACAGGUAGCUGGGAGGCGUACUGGGAGUGCAAUGACCCUCUAAGAGACAUUGAUGAAGUGGCCAUCCCUGUACUGUGUGUGUGCAGCCAAGACGACCCCAUCCGAGGGGAAGCCCGGGCUACGCUGCCUUUAGAGCUUUUUGAGAGUAACCCCCAUUUCUUUCUGCUGUUGACCGGGCACGGAGGCCACUGCGGCUUCUCCACCCCAGACGAAGGUGCGUAUAUCUGGAGCCACCAAGCUUUGCUGGAGUUUUUUCGCGCAACCACCGAUUUUUUCGCUGCGGAGGAGCGUGCCAAGUUGGCGGCCAGGCGUAGGGGGCUCGGCGGGGCUGGCAAGACUUUCCGUCAUCGCAGCGUGAGCACAUGCAGGAGAAUGCCAGUUUGCUCGCAUAACAUUCACGCCAUUUACAAUUGGCAGAGGUCCUAUACUAGAUGAUGAUGAUGAUGUGGGUCCCCUCAUUUUCUCACAUUUUUUGGGGACAUGGAGAGACUGCCUGGUUUUGGGAUCCAGAUACAGCACUGGACACUGCCAGAAUUUGCACAUAAGGGAGAAUCUAUUGUAUCGCUGCUGUUUCAACUGUAGCUAUGAUAACCAGCAAAAUAUUUAAUGCUGUUGUCGGCAAUUAGAAAAAAUGUCACAGAUCUCAGCAUUGAAUGGCAUAACGUAAACUAGCCUUGGUUUGUUUCAAAGUGAUUGGUCGAAAUGUUAAUUCUGUACCUCUCUUGAAUGCUUUAUUACUUCAGUUUAGAGAAGCAUUAUGUAAAGCAGCUCUCCGUCUACAUUUCGGCAUCUCCCUCAGAUGUACUUUAAUAGGUUUGCAGAACUGUGUGCAUAGUAUAUUCUGUGCAUACAAUAAUAAAAAGUGACAUUUUCUAGAUGUAAUAUUAUUCUUCUAUGAGAGAGUUUAUUUUGAAUGGUCUCUGUUGUAUUUAAGAGGGAGUCUGUGAAAUAGCAGUUAGGCGUCAGCACUGCUGGGGUUUUUGUAUGGCGUCAUUCUGAGGUUUCGGGGAAGCUUGUCUCCAUUGGCAUGGGUGGAGCUUGCUCUGCAGUUUUUCACAUUAAACACUGUUGUUUUUCUAU